CUCGAAUUCCACUUCGUCCAAACGCCACAGCGUCUCGUUCUUAGGCAGCAUCUUUGUGGCGCAACGCCAGUACCACACUCGACGCCACCACGCACUCCGAGCUCGAGUCUUCGAGUCUCUCGUGCAGCAACACGGCGAGCGCGCUGUUCUCGACCCGGUGUGCCACAUGACCUCGCUUGCGGGGGUCGCGUACUUUGAUUGCGCGGCUCGGAAAGACCCGAAUUGUGGUGGUAGUGGCUCGCUCGUCUUUUUGAUCGAGCCGCCCCAGAGCGUGGUGUACCAAGCCAACUACCUUGAUACCGCGACAACGUACAACGAGGCCGAGUACGACGGUCUGAUCACGGCGCUCCAGCUAGCUCAGCGACUGGCAGUGACGCAUCUCACGGUGCGCGGCGACAGCAUGCUGCUGAUGCAGCAGAUAAAGGGCAUCCACCGGGUUCAAGAGGCCCGCGCGGGAGCUCGCGCCAUGUUUUACGUGCACAUAUGGGAACACCACCCUCGCGAGUUCAACCAAGCCACGGAUCAUUUGUCCAAGCUCGCACCCGACGACUGCACCUCGUACGCGCAUCCCGACAACGGACGGCACGAUGUACUGCCGGCCGAGGAGCUCCUGCACGUUGAAGAGCUUUUGGCCGCCGACGUUCAACACACAACUAGUACGUAA